AUGGCGAGUAACAACAACGAGGAGGAUUUGACGAAUAAUGAAUUGCGAACGCUCUUAGACGAGCAAAAUCUCCACCCGUUUCUGGAGUUGAUUUCAAAUCUCACCUCCUCGGAGAACGAGAAACGAACUCGAUGCGAGAAGAUCUUCGAACUGUGCAAGACGACGCAGUUAGGUUUCACGGUGAAACAACUUUUACGCGCGUUGAGGAAUCCAACGAAAGUACAGGAUGAAAAAGCGAGACAAAGUGCAGAGAUGAGCGCGGUUUUAUUGAGGCGAUCGAUCGCGAACAGAGAGGGCGAGUUUACCUUGACGGAAGCGAACGGCGUGACGAGUGAAGUGGUUUCGAUGGUGAAAACGGAGUUAUUAAACGCGUUACGAGAAGAUUCGAUGAGAACGGACACGGCGAGCAAAUCAAUCACGAAUAAAACGAGAGACGUGGUGAUUGAAGUCGCCGCGCACUCUAUCGACGACGAACGGGACGAGUGGCCGGAAUUGUUACCGUUUAUGUUUGGCGCGAUUAGCGGGAACGAUGCGUCGGAUAAGUUGAAAGAAACGGUUCUGUUUAUUUUUGGCGCGCUGUCGAACGUGUUAGGGGAAAGGUUGAAACCGCACUUGGCGACGUUGCAUUCGAUUUUGCAAGCGAGUUUGCAACACGCGAAUAACGACGUGAGAUUGGCGUCGUUAUCGGCGGCGUGUUCGUUCGUAGAGGGAUUGAGUUCCACGGAGGAAAGAAACGCGUUUCAGGAUUUGUUGCCGCUGAUGUUGCAAACGUUAGGGGCAAGUUUACAAAGCGGGGCGGAAGACGACGCGCAAGAAGCGUUGGCGAUGUUUAUCGAGUUGGCGGAAACCGAUCCGAGGUUUGUGAGGAAACAUUUGGUGGACAUCGUGGAGGCGUUUUUAAGCAUCAUGGAAAACGAGGAGUACGAAGACGGGACGCGGUCGUUGUCGUGCGAGUUUUUGGUGACGUUAACGGAGGCGAGAGAUCGCGCGCCGGGGAUGAUGCGAAAAUUGCCGAAUUUCGUCCCGAGAUUGUUGAAAGCGUUGUUGGUGUUUUGCUUCGACGUGGAAGACGAACCGGAGUGGCACCAAUGCGGCGACGAGGAGAACGACGACGCCGGGAACGGUGAUAGGUUUGACGUCGGGAGCGAGUGCUUGGAUCGCGUGGCGAUCGCGUUAGGACCGAACGCGGUGUUAGGUCACGCGGCGCAGAUGGUCCAAGCGCUUUUGAGCGACCCGGAUUGGAGAAAGAGACACGCGGCGUUGCACUGCGUCUCGCAAAUCGCCGAGGGGUGUCAAAAAGGUAUGAUGAAAGACGUCAUCGGGUCUGCGACGCCGGCGUUGCAUUUGGCGAACUCGGAUCCGCACCCGAGAGUCAGAUGGGCCGCGGUAAACUGUUUAGGUCAGCUGUGUACCGAUCUCGGACCGAGAUUGCAAAAGAAAGGGCACAAGAUGGUGUUGCCGGCGUUGAUGGGAUGCAUGGACGACGCCGCAAAUCCUCGCGUGCAAGCGCACGCGUGCGCGGCGACGGUCAAUUUCACCGAGAAUUGCCCACCCGAGUGUAUGGAACCGUACAUGGACGAUUUGAUGACGAAGCUGCUGAGUUUGUUGAGAGCCGGGAACAAAGUCGUCCAAGAAUCGGCGCUGACGGCGUUGGCGAGUACGGCGGAUACGGCGCAAGAGACGUUUUCGAAAUAUUACGACCACGUCGUGCCGUUGUUGAAAGAAAUUAUUGUCAGCGCGAACACGCCAGACUAUCGGAUGUUGCGGGCGAAAGCGAUCGAGUGCGUGACGUUAGUUGGUAUGGCGGUUGGGAAGCAAAGAUUUAGCGGCGACGCGAUUGAGGUGAUGAACAUCAUGCAACAAUUGCAAGCGAACGGUUUCGACGCGGACGACCAAACGACCAGUUACAUGUUGCAAGCGUGGACGAGAGUGUGUAAAUGCUUGGGUUCCGAUUUUAUCCCGUAUUUAUCGACGGUUAUGCCGCCGUUGUUACAAUCGGCGCAGUUGAAACCAGACGUGACGGUGGUCAACAUCGACGACGCCGACGACCAAAACGAGGACGACGACGAAGACGACGAUUUGGAACAUUUAGAGUUUGGCGAUAAAAGAGUGUCCAUUCGAACGAGUAUUCUGGAAGAAAAAUCGACGGCGUGUUCUAUGUUGUGCUGCUACUUGGACGAGUUGAAGGAAGGUUUCUUGCCGUACAUUCAGCCGGUGUGCGAAAUUAUGGUCCCGUUGCUCGAGUUUUAUUUCCACGAAGACGUGAGAAGAGCGGCGGUGGCGUCUUUGGCAGAUAUCAUCCGAGCCGCGAAAAGGUGCGUGGAAAAGAGAUCUGGGCCGGAAUGCACUCUCGAUUGGUUGAAGCAAAUUAUCAACUACGUCGUCCCGCCGUUGAUUUCCGCGUUAGGGAAAGAACCCGAGGUGGAGAUUCAAGCGGUUAUGUUGGAAGCUUUGGCCGAGUGCGCCGGGGAAUCAGGCGAGCUCGUGAGAGAGUUCAUCCCAAAGAUGCUCGAAACGUUUGAAGAAAUUUUGACGGAGUCGUUAGAGCGACGCGCGGAAAGAAACAAACGCGCGAGUACGGAAGAUUUCGACGAAGAAGAGAUGGAAGCGUUGGAGGAUGAACAAGCCGCCGAAGACGAGGUGUUUGACCAGUUUGCCGAAUGCAUCGGUACUUUGCUGAAGAGUUUUAAGUCGAACAUUUUAGCCGACAUCGAACCGUUGUUGCAAUCGAAGAUUGCGCCGAUGUUUGCACCAGAAAGGUCCGCCGAGGAACGACGCAUCGCGAUUUGCAUCUUCGACGACGUGUUCGAACACGCGAGCGAAGGCGGCGCGACGAUGAAAUAUUUACCAGGGUUUGCAGACGCGUGCGUCAGAGGGAGCGCGGAUGCGGAUUCGGACGUGCGUCAAGCCAGCGUGUAUGGGCUCGGAUUGAUGGGUCAAACUAUGGGCCAAAACUUCACUCCGUACGUUCCGGGUGCGUUACAAGCGCUCGCUGCGGUCAUUCAAGAUCCAGCAGCGCGGGAGGACGAAAACAUCACGGCGACGGAGAACGCCGUCUCCGCUUUAGGUAAACUCUGCGAACACCAAACGCAAAGCAUCGACGCGAAAUCAAUUUUUCCGUCCUUCUUAGCGUGCUUGCCACUCACCGAAGAUGCGAUCGAAGCGAGAGCCGUUCACGCGCAGCUCGCGAGAUUGUUACAAAACGACACUUAUAAAUCUUACUUGUUGGGAGAAAACAACGAGAACUUAGCGAGAGCGAUUUUGAUUUUUGCCGAAGUUAUGCCCACGGCAUCCAGUAGCGAUAAAGUUCGAUUGUGCGAUCAAGAAACGGCGAUGGCAAUGAAGAAUACUUUAGUACAAAUGCAAAGCACGAUGCCUGGAGAUGCGUUAGCGGCGGCUUUUUCCGCGUUAGAUCCGCAAAAACAGGCGGCGUUGCAAGCGUGCAUGGCUUAA